AUGGGUUGCAUGGAAUUGGUGGGCAUGGAAAAGCAACGCGGAAUAUUUGAAGUUGACGUGGAUCAGAAUCUCAUCAAAAUUUACGACCAAUCUGUUGAACUGUGUGAGGAAAUCUUCAAAUCUUCACAUCGAUCUUUCACAGAAGCCGAAAAUCGCCAAACCAUCGAUCGAGAAGCUUAUCGAACAUUAUGUUUACACUUUUGGGCUGCACACUCUGAUUUCUCCAAGUACCUGUGCAUUUCAGCCAAGAUAAAGGACAUCGCCUUAAUGGCUAAACAAGCCGUAAAGGAUGGGAAGUAUUCAGUGGGGUCAGGUUAUUUCAAUUUAGAAGCUCAGAAUGUUUUGCUGGAAUAUCGCGUGGAUUUUGCUGAGUUUUUUCGGAAUAUGCGGAAGUAUGGAAUGGGGAAGAAGGUUUCCGAAAUUUCAAAUCGUCGAGGCCGUGUCAUUCAGAAAGAUGAUGGCCAGAUCCAAUAUGAACAUCGCUUUGAUGCAAACUUUCCUUCGAAGAUAAACAUCAGUGAAAAAGAACUGUUCAUGCAAGGCCACAAAAACAUUGUGAUUGUGUCUGAGGAAUGUAGCAGUGGGAUUUCGCUUCAGGCUGAUAGCCAUUUUAACAAUCAGUGUACCCGUGUUUAUAGUAUAUUGGAAUUGUCAAGCAGCGUCGAGGUUGCCAUUCAACAGUUUUGCAGCACUCACCGCUGCAACCAAGUUUGUAAUCCUGAGUAUAUUCUUUUGUACUCAAAUUUGGCCGGCGAGGAAAAGUUUGCUUCGAAUGUUGUCAGACGGCUCAAAAGUUUUGUUGCUGUUAAUCUGGUUUUCCAGCGAAUCGUUGAAACAUUCGGCACUAGUGAACUUACUUUAGAGACAAAAUAUGCACAACGCAAUGCCUCGCAGCGAUGCAAACGAGCGCCUCGUUUCUACUUUUCAAGCUGUCUUGGAACACAAUUAUGGAUCAAACCCAAUUGUCCCACCCCCAAAUGUGAAAACUGUUUUGUUGGAGCUGGUUUAAUGGCCAUUGACGACACAAACACUUUGAAGCUACAAAGGAAAACCAGCGUUAAAGAAUUUUUCGAAAUGAUGCUAGGUUUCCCUGUGAGGCUUCAAACAAGCCUGUACAAGUUUUUCACCGUAACUGAAGCAACCAUCCUCACAAAAGCAAAUAUGCUGUCUAAAUGUGAUGGAAUCAAUAUUUUGGAAUUGGGCGCUGGUCAAAUAGUUGGUCGCAAAAAAUUUCACAGACUCACGAGCCCGUAUUCUACAGCAGCGCCGCUUUAUUGUGCAAUAAUUGAAUUGCAUACAUUCGAAUUCGAUCAGGGCAUGAGUUGGAAACUAGCUCACGACAUGUCGGCUUCCUUGUCUGGAAACAGCGAAGGUUUUUACGUAUCAAAUUUGACUCGGAAAGGCAAGGGUUCUGUCUUCUUGGUUGUCAAUAACAAGCAAGUGAGACUUUGCCAGGAUGAUGAUUCCUAUACUGCCAUAUGGCCUAAUAAAAGAACAGGAAUGGAAUUCUCGCCAUAG